UAGCUAAUUUCUUCAUGCAACUUGCUAUUGGUCUGUAGGGGGAGGGGCAGCCACGUUUUGCUGCGGUUGUUCCACGUGCGUUCUCAAAGAUGGCUGAGCCAGUGCUGGUGCCAGGUUUAGAGCUGUGUCUGAGUAUCGGGGUGCUCUCUACGGUGAUACUGGUGCGACUCGCCGUCUCUCUCCAUCCGUACUCCGGUCAGUAUAACGAGAAGGCCAGCCACCAAUGUAUGGGGACUAUGAAGCACAGAGGCACUGGAUGGAAAUAACUUACAAUCUUCCUAUCCACGAAUGGUACGAGAACACGACAGACAACCGCCUUCAAUAUUGGGGGCUGGACUACCCUCCCCUCACUGCCUACCACAGCUGGCUGUGUGGAGCAGUUGCCAGUCGCAUCAACCCAUCCUGGGUGUCACUUCACCUGUCUCGCGGCUUCGAGAGCUACCAUCACAAACUGUUCAUGCGCUACACCGUGUUGGCCGUGGACGUCUUGGUUUAUUUCACCGCGGCUGUGGUGUUCUCUAGACUAGUCUAUAGGAAUAAGGAUGCCAUGUGGGAGAGGAUUUCUCUCUUGGGACUGCUCCUCCUCACACCAGCUCUAAUAAUCAUUGAUCACGGACACUUUCAGUACAACUGUGCCAGUCUGGGCCUCACGUUCUGGGCCAUUAUCGCAGUCACAACUGACCACAACGUCACCGGUUCGGUCCUCUUCGCACUGGCUUUGAACUACAAACAGAUGGAGCUGUACCACGCCGUGCCGUUCUUCUGUUACCUUCUCGGGAAGUCCGUAGCUGGCUCUGGAAGCGGAGGAGAAUUUCUGAAAAGAGUAGGACUCCUGGGGGUGGCUGUGGGUGGUACGUUUGUUGCCUGCUGGUUUCCUUUUCUCGGGAGUUGGGACCAAACUCUGCAAGUCGUACAUCGCUUGUUUCCCUUCGCUCGCGGUCUGUACGAGGACAAAGUGGCCAACGUAUGGUGCUCCCUCUCUGUGCUGGUGAAGCUGAGAAGAUUAUUUUCGCUCUCGACACUGGUCAAAGUUACUGCGGUCUCCACGGUAACGGCUCUCGUUCCUUCGUCUUGGAACCUCUACGAAACCCCACCCCUCUCAGAUUCAUCUUGGCCCUGGUUAACUCCUCCCUCAUCUUCUUCCUGCUCUCGUACCAAGUCCACGAGAAGUCGAUUCUCCUGGCACUCCUCCCCUGCUCCCUCCUCACCCCUCACCACCCUCACAUCGUCACCUGGUUCCAGCUACUGGCAGUCUUCUCCAUGUACCCUCUCAUCGCCAAGGACGGACUGGUUCUGGCAUGCUGCGCCCUGACUGCUCUGUACACCAUUCUCUCCCUCUCACUCACACCUUCCUCCACCAGCAAGCGAGGGCGGCUGUCUCGCAUGGCGCAUAUAGUGGGUCCCACUGUACUCUCCCUCCUAAUUGCACUCUGCGUGACCUCUCACUUCGUCCCUCCUCCUCCGCGUCUCCCACACAUCUUCCCCGUUCUCAUCUCGUCCGCCUCCUGCCUCCUCCUCAUCCCCUUCACCAUCCUCACUCACUUCCUCCAGUUCACUGCCACACCCACCACUUACUCCAAAGAGGACACACCCACUUCUGAUGUUACCAAGGAAACCAAAGACACCAAGGAAGCCAAAACUGUGGCAACCAAUAAACCAAAAAGAGUAUAUGAAAAAACGGGUCGUCCAAUCAACAUUUCCUAUCCUCUAGUUCCUGACAAACAGAAAAAGCUCAAUUGAUUAGCAAUUUUAAUAAUAUUGAUUUUUUUGUUGAUAAAAUGAUGAGAGAAAAACGAGUGUUUUUCACAAGUGGAACUUUCUUCUACUGGUGUCCAUUUGCUUUCUCUGAAAGUGGGAAACAAUAAGAACAGGUCACGACGUGCUUUAGAGCAAGAAAACUUUACAGAUAGACAGGAAAUCCUUGAAAACACAUGGCUCUAAGACGGUUAUAUACACUGACCUUGUGGACCCAGAUGUACUCGCCGUGUUUGGAGUCGAAGGUUCCCUCCUGGAGCGAGCGGAGUUUGAGAGUCAGCCUAGGCCCCAGUUCCUGGAGACCGACCUUCUCUGCUCCCCUGAAUAUGUACCUGCGAACACAUG